AUGUUCACUCAGAAUUACCAGCACAUCCUGGCCUUGGUAUUUGCUGUGAAGGAACUCAAUGGGAAUCCUCAAAUCUUACCCAAUGUCAGUUUGGGCUUCCACAUCUUAAACAGCUAUUUUUUGGCAAGGGGGACCUUUCUUGCCUCAAUGGAACUUCUAUCCACCCAGGACAAGUUCACCCCAAACUACAAAUGUGAUAUUCAGAAUAGGAUUGUGGGAGUCAUUGGGGGACCUACUUCUGAAGUCUGUCUCCACAUGACAAACAUCUUGAGCACCUACAAGAUUCCACAGAUUUUAUAUGGGUCUUCUUCAAUAAUAAAAGACAAAACCAAAGAAGAUUUUUUUCACAAGAUGUUUCCCAAUGAGACCCAUCACUAUUGGGGCAUUCUUGAGUUGCUACUGCAUUUCAGGUGGAUCUGGAUUGGCGUGAUUAUUUCUGAUGAUGACAAUGGAGAUGGGUUUGUACAGUAUGUACUUCCCUUAUAUUCUCAGAAGGGUAUUUGUGUGGAAUUCUUAGAAACAAUACCCAAAAUAACCUUUUCAAGUAAUAUUGCUGAAAGUGCAACAGAAUGGUUUGCAACUUCACGUAUUGUCACAGGAAGUACUGCCAAUACUGUUGUCAUUCAAGGUGAAAUACAUACUGUUAGUGUCUUAAGAACAAUUUUCCAAUUCUCACAAUUUUAUGAUAUAAGAAUUAAAAGCCGAGUGUGGAUUAUGACAGCCCAGAUGGAUUUUGCAUCUCCUGGUUUUCUAAGAGAUUGUGAAAUACAUUUCCUCCAUGGAGCUCUGUCAUUUGCUGUUCAUACAAAUUUCCCUAUUGGGUUCCAGAAAUUUCUGAAGGAAAGAAACCCAUUCUCAGAAAAUAAAGAUGGCUUUAUCCAAAUCUUCUGGAAAAAUGUGUUUAAUUGUGAUUUCUCAAAUUCCUCUCUAGAAGAGAGAGAUGAAGAGAUAUGCACUGGGGAAGAAAGGUUGGAUAGUCUACCUGGAACACUGUUUGACACAAGCAUGUCUGGUCACAGUUAUAGUAUCUACAAUGCAGUUUACAUUAUGGCAUAUGCUUUGUAUGCCAUAACUUCAUCCAAGUCAAAAGAGAGGGCAAAGAUAACAAACAUGAGACAAGAAUAUCUACUUGAAAAAGCCUGGCAGAAAAGACCUCAUUCCCUAUGUAAUGACAAUUGUCAAUCUGGUUCUAGUAGGGUCAAAAUAGAAGGAAAGCCAUUUUGCUGCUAUGAGUGCCUUCCAUGCCCAGAAGGAAAGAUUACAAGUCAGAAUGAUAUGGAUGAUUGUUUGCCAUGCCCAGAAGGACAGUAUCCAAACAAUAACCAUGACUCAUGUCUUCCAAAACAUACAGUUUUCUUGUCUUAUGAAGAUCCAUUAGGAAUCAGUUUGGUCACUGCUGAAAUUGUCUUUGCUUGCAUUGCCACUGUGGUGCUUGGGAUAUUCAUCAAAUACCAGGACACUCCCAUAGUCAAGGCCAACAACCGGAACAUCACGUACCUUCUUCUUGUCUCCCUUUUGCUCUCAUUCCUUUGUAGUUUUUUAUUCAUUGGAAAACCUGAAAAGGUGACCUGCCUUUUGCGACAAAGUGCUUUUGGAGUUGUCUUCUCAGUAGCCAUUUCUUGUAUAUUGGCCAAAACUAUUGUUGUGAUUUUAGUUUUCAUGGCUUCAAUACCAGGUUCAAAGAUGAGAAAAUGGUUGGGCAAACCAUUAGAUAAUUAUGUUGUUGUUUCUUGUUCCCUCAUUCAAGUCACUCUUUGUGCUAUAUGGCUUGUAACCUCACCCCCAUACCCAGAUGCUGAUAUUAACCUAGUGGCUAAUGAAAUCAUCCUGGGAUGUAAUGAAGGCUCUACUCUCAUGUUUUACUGUAUUUUGCUCUACCUGCUUUUCCUUGCCAUUGUUGGUUUCAGUGUGGCUUUCAAAGCACGGCAUUUACCAGACAGUUUUAAUGAGACCAAGUUUAUCUCCUUUAGCCUGUUAUGGUUUUGCAAUGUCUGGUUGUCCUUUUUUCCAACAUAUCUGAGCAUCAAAGGAAAAUACAUGAUGGCUGUGGAGGUCUUUUCUAUUCUUUCUUCCAGUGCAGGGUUACUGGGCUGCAUCUUUUUUCCAAAAUGCUUUGUUAUUCUACUAAGGCCUAAUCUAAAUAAUAAAAAACAGUUAAUGAGAGGCAAGAAGUACAAUUCCAUAGUAGUCUUUCAGUGA